GCAGAGAGGGAGGGAGGUAGGAGGGGGCUGGAUGAGGGGGAGGGGGGUAGAGGAAGAGGGCAUUGAAUGCAGUCCAGCUUCUCUGCGCUGUGAAGCAGCAGCCAGGCAGUCCGACACUGAAGGACACAGGGAGGAAAGACUUUUGAGCUGCACAGUGUAGAGAUAACAAGCCGGUACUGAAGGUAAAGCUAACAAAAAAGAGGCUCUCCUUCUGCGCCAGGCUGACUGAUCAGCUGGAUACAGCGGACAAACAGCAUUAGGAGAUACGAGCAAAAGAGCAUGGAUGGGGGUGGAAGUGCCUGAGGUCCGUGUGUUCAUUCCUCUUCUUGCACAGUCUGUGUGAUGAGCCUUGCAGCUCAGGGUGUCAUUGCGACAGCGCUGAGUUUGGGAGCGUGCCGGCGUGUGCGUGUUCACAUAUCAACAGCUUAGGGUCCUGAUGUGGAAUAAAGCGGAGGUUUUUUUUUAAACCUGGAAGAGUUUCUUGCUGGUGACUGUUGCACCUUCUUUUUUGGCUCUCCUCGUCCUCCUCUGGUGCAGACGUCUGUGCCGGGGCUCUCUGCUGGCUUGGUACAGUGACUGCUGCUGCGUUCGUGCUCUGCUCCCCUUUUUGCAUCUCACUUCUCUUAAGCCUGCAGCAGACUUUUCCGUAACGGGGCUGUUACUACAACUGGCAAACUCAUUUUCCAGCUCCCUGCAGAAAGAAAAAGCAAAUAGAUGUUUUGGGGAUCCUCCUCUGUGUGGUAUUGAUCGGCAUUGUUGCGUAGAUCGCCACAGGCCUUUUGGCUUGCGUCCACGAAAAAGCCCUCCGGCAACAUAAGAGACCUAAUAAGAGCCAGAAGUUCCACCUGGUGAACUGGAAAGACCUGAAAGCUUGAAAGAAGAAUUCAGGAGUGUCUCGGCCCUUUAGGGCAUUUGACUUGCACUGAUUUUUUCUUUUCUCCAGACUUUGUGUGAAUUUUUGAUUAGAAAAACAAGGAUUGACACCUCACUCGAUACCUGGAUGUAAUCUAAUUUAAAAACAAACAAUAACUCUUCAAUCUGAAAAGGAAUAUAAGGCGUUUUGGUCCACGCUCUUCAGGAUGUUGGUUGAAUUGGGGUGACGUGUGUCAUCCUACCGUACCUCAACAGUAACCCAAGGAAACCUCUGAGAAACUUUUCCAUCCAAAACCAGGCAUUCCUAAUUACCAGAGCAGUGGCAUGAACAAACUCAUGCUUGAUGAGCUGAGUGAGGAGUUUUAAAGUGCCACCAGGUUAUUACUGGGCUCUGCGUGUCCCAUUUUCAUCUUUAAUUUUUGUAUUCUGAGUAAUCAUCUUUUUAAUUAAAGGUGACGGUGGCGUGAAAUCUCCCUUCGCACCCCCUUUCCACCGCUUUCACAGACACCUGAAACCAAUUAGCUACAGCAGAUCUGGAUGGGGAUUAGACACGGGAAAAAGCACAAGUGAUUAGAUGCAAACAUAAAGGCACCGAGAACAAAACAACAGCAAGAAGGGGAGGCGUUAAAAUGGAACCUGUCACUUAUUCUGAGUAAUCGACAGAAAGGUGGAGCAGCGGGGACGGAUUGCAGUGGAGAAUAUGGCCGGAUCAAGGCAGCAACAUGCUAAGAUAAUGACUACCUGUGUGUCAGCAGGUAGUUUUCUUUGUUGGAGCCCAGAUUCGUGACUGACAGGCACUAAAGCCACCCAGGACUCAUUGUCAUUCCUGCUGCCGAGCCGGGCAGGGGAUCGCAGAGAGCACGAGAGGAGAAACUCUCAGCUGGUCACCACAAUCAAGGCCAAUUAGAAGAAUUUGAUUAUAUGCCUUAAUCUCACAGUUAGCUUGUAAAGGAGGCAGACACAGAGUAAGGAGGCUGAGCAGGUGCCGCCGACACACAUCAUUAUCUCUGUCCAUCUCUGAUUAAGUUUGUCUCUUCUCCUGCUGUGAGCUCUCCUUCUGCAGUGCGUGAAGAGGAUCUUUGUUAAAGCAGAAAACAGGUGAAAGGCAAAAGUUAACAUUUUCAGGUUCGUUUUCCUGAAGAGAUUUAUUUACUACUUUGCUAAUUUAAUCCCCAUUUUGUUGCCCCCUGGAGACUCCACAUCCCAGGAUGAACUUUUCCUAUCAAUGUUCCCCCAUAGUUUUCAAGAUCCACACAUCAAGUCUGAGAUGAAAGUUAUUCAAAGGAAGUGAUAGACAAGGGGAAUUUUUUUCUUUUUCAUUUGGAGGACAGACUUUACUUCGUCUUGGAUUCCCAGAGGCUCCUUCCAAAACUUCACUUCCCCGCUUUUACGGCUCCUCCUCCUCCUUCCCAGGAGCUUUUUUUCAGCUCUUCUCCUUGUGGAUCAUAUGCUUCAUCCUGGACUUCACCAAGAUUAAAGUGGCCUCCAUUAUACAAGGAAAUCCUCUAACACAGGCGCCUGGUAUUAUCUUCAUUCUGUGGCGGUACAGGCAGCCAGCAGACCAUUCUCCAUGAGGAGCAGUGGAAGAUGCCGGCUCUGCCAGCACUGUUGCUGUCGAUUUAUAUUGUGGUCUUCCUGCUGACUAUGGCACCACUCUCCUUCAGCCAGGUCAACACCCUCUCUGUUGUCCGGAUGGCCGCCAUUUUGGAUGACCAGUCUGAUUGUGGUCGUGGUGAACGUCUGGCGCUGGCUCUGGCGAGGGAGAACAUCAACAACAACAUUGAGGGCGCCUCCCAAGCGAGGGUGGAAGUGGAUGUUUACGAACUCCAGAAGGAUUCCCAGUACGAGACCACCGACACCAUGUGCCAGAUCUUGCCAAAGGGAGUGGUGUCUGUGAUCGGCCCGGCCUCCAGCCCCGCCUCUGGCUCCACCAUCAGUCACAUCUGUGGGGAGAAAGAGAUCCCCCACGUGAAGAUUGGUCCUGAGGAGACUCCCAAGCUGCCGUACCUCCGCUUUGCCUCCGUCACUCUGUACCCCAGCAACGAGGACAUGAGUCUGGCCAUCGGGUCCAUCCUGCGCUCCUUUGGUUACCCAACAGCCAGCCUGAUCUGUGCCAAAGCCGAGUGUCUGUUACGACUAGAAGAGCUGGUUCGCCACUUCCUUAUCUCCAGGGAGACGCUCUCUGUGAGGAUGCUGGAUGACAGCCUGGAUCCCACCCCUCUGCUGAAGGAGAUCCGGGAUGACAAAGUGGCAACCAUCAUAAUUGACGCCAAUGCCUCCAUCUCAUACCAGAUCCUCAGGAAGGCAAAUGAGCUGGGAAUGAUGACAGCCUUCUAUAAGUACAUCCUCACCACAAUGGAUUUCCCUCUGCUCAAGAUGGACGAUGUUGUGAAUGAUCAGUCCAACAUUCUGGGCUUCUCCAUGCUGAACCGCACUCAUCCUUUCUUUUCGGAGUUCAUCAGGAGUCUGAAUCUCUCCUGGAGGGAAGGCUGUCACAUCAGUCCGUACCCAGGACCGGCGCUGUCAUCCGCCCUCAUGUUUGAUGGCGUUCAUGUGGUGGUCGGCGCUGUGCGGGAGCUGAACCGGAGUCAGGAGAUCGGAGUGAAGCCGCUGAGCUGCACCUCCCCGCUCAUCUGGCAGCAUGGGACAAGCCUCAUGAACUACCUACGAAUGGUGGAGUAUGACGGCCUCACAGGUCACAUCGAGUUCAACAGCAAAGGCCAGAGGACCAAUUACACCCUGAAGAUCUUAGAAAAACACCCAGCCGGGUACAAAGAGAUUGGGACUUGGUAUUCCAACAACACGUUGGUCAUGAACUCCACUUCCCUGGACCUGAACGCAUCACAGACACUGGCAAACAAGUCACUAAUUGUCACCACAAUACUGGAAAACCCUUACGUCAUGCGCAAGUCGAACUACCAGGACUACCAGGGUAACGAUCAGUACGAGGGUUUCUGCGUGGACAUGCUGAGGGAGCUGGCAGGCAUCCUCAAGUUCUCCUUUAAAAUCAAGCUGGUGGACGACGGGCUUUACGGAGCUCCAGAACCUAACGGCAGCUGGACGGGCAUGGUGGGAGAGCUGAUCGACAGGAAAGCAGACCUGGCGGUUGCUGGUUUCACCAUCACCUCUGAGAGGGAGAAGGUGAUUGAUUUCUCCAAACCGUUCAUGACUCUGGGGAUCAGCAUCUUGUAUCGAGUCCAUCUGGGUCGUAAACCGGGUUACUUCUCCUUCCUGGACCCGUUCUCUCCAGCUGUCUGGCUCUUCAUGCUGCUGGCUUACCUGGCUGUCAGCUGCGUCCUUUUCCUGGCUGCCAGACUCAGCCCUUACGAGUGGUAUAAUCCGUACCCGUGUUUUCGGGAGAGGCGAGACAUCCUGGAGAAUCAGUACACGCUGGGCAACAGUCUGUGGUUCCCGGUGGGCGGCUUCAUGCAGCAGGGUUCAGAGAUUAUGCCGAGAGCGCUGUCCACCCGCUGUGUCAGCGGGGUCUGGUGGGCGUUCACGCUCAUCAUUAUCUCCUCUUACACGGCCAACCUGGCAGCAUUUCUCACCGUCCAGAGGAUGGAGGCGCCCAUCGAGUCCGCCGAUGACCUGGCGGACCAAACCAACAUUCAGUACGGCACGAUCCAUGGAGGAUCCACCAUGACCUUCUUCAUGAAUUCGCGGUACCAGACCUACCAGAGGAUGUGGAACUACAUGUAUUCCAAGCAGCCCAGUGUGUUCGUAAAAAGCACGGAGGAAGGCAUCGCCCGUGUGCUCAACUCCAAAUAUGCAUUCCUGAUGGAGAGCACCAUGAACGAGUACUAUCGGAGCCUAAACUGCAACCUCACGCAGAUCGGAGGACUUCUAGACACCAAAGGAUACGGCAUCGGGAUGCCUCUGGGCUCUCCUUACAGACAUGAGAUCACCCUGGGAAUCUUGCAGAUGCAGGAGAGCAACAGGCUGGAGAUCCUGAAGAGGCGCUGGUGGGAGGGAGGACAGUGUCCCAAAGAGGAGGACCACCGAGCCAAAGGGCUUGGCAUGGAGAACAUUGGCGGGAUCUUCGUGGUCUUAAUUUGCGGCCUCAUCAUCGCCGUCUUCGUGGCCAUCAUGGAGUUUGUGUGGUCGACACGUCGCAGCGCGGAAACAGACGAGGCCUCUGUUUGUCAGGAGAUGCUGACAGAGUUUCGGAACGCCGUCUCGUGUAAGAAGAAUUCCCGAUCUCGCCGGCGCCGACCCCUAAGCAGCAUGGGAGGUGGAGUUUUACGUCACCCGUCCCGCCUGGCUCUGGCUGGCCCUCGUCCCCUGCGGCUCGUCCGAGGGAUGCGCCUCAGCAACGGGAAACUUUACAGCGGCACCGGCCCGCUGACGGGAGGCCUGGCAGAACUCGGGGGAGGCAUGGGAGGGGGACCGGAUCUGGGCCCAGGACCGCAGAGACUGCUGGAAGACGCAAUGGGGUGCGACGCCAGCGGCACGCUCCCGCCUGCGUCGGCUCUUGUGGCUCCCCCCCCUGCCCCGCCGCGCAGCUUCCUGCAGAACUGCAGCAAUGUUCGCAUCUGCCAAGAAUGCAGACGCAUCCAGAGCCUGCGGCCCACCACCCUCACCCCACCCCCUCCUCCUCCCCCUUCCUCAUCCUCCUCCGCGUCCUCCGGCUCUCGCAUCCCCCCGUCCAUGGCAAUGCCUGGUCACCACCCCCGCCACAACCCACACCACCAUCUCCACUACCACCUGGGCUCCAUGUCUCUGCCCCGCCUGCCGCCACCUCCACCUGCAAUGCCAGCCGACAGAGCUGACAGCGACGGAGGGGCGGGAAGCCCACUACGGGGCAAAAACAAACCCGCACCCCCUCCAAGGCCCAUGCCCCCUCCCAAAACACCCGCAGACUUACUUGGGGGGCACAACUGAGCUAAACUUUGACUAAAAGACUUGAAUCUAUGGAGAUGGAACUGUACCUCUGGCCCCAAAAAAAGUCUAAACUCUGAAGUUUUCUGGAGGUCAAAAGGUCAUUUACUCAAGUGGAUCAAACUAGCAACCUUAACACAGGGAGGUGUGCAUUCAAUUGCUCUAACCUGGUUGACAAGGGUAUUAAAAAUAACCUCUGAAGGAUAAAAUCGACUGAGGGGGUUGCAAAACGGAAAAACAAGACGCGGCUUUAAGUCCGUAAUCGGCCUCGUACCUCCUGCUGAUCUUUAGAAAGGACUCCGCUCGGCCUUCUGGAGUUUUAUUGAUGGACUCCAGGUGUUUGUAAAUGAAGUGACCAACAUAGCAGAGAAGCUGUACAGUUCCUAUGAUUUUCUGUCAGUCUGUGGAUGAUGUAGCUCUUACAGGCACCGUCUGUGUUUGUACAGACUCCUCUCGUCUGGUGCUGUGAGCCGCAAGGACAAAAAACCCACAAAAACAUUAUUAACAAACCAGAAGUGUGACCGACUGUGCUGGGGUAGUUCUUCAGUUUAUCAAGUAUGCAGAAAAUGACAUUAAGACGUGAAACGGAAGGAAGAGUUCCUUAUUUUUGUAAAAAUAUUGAGACUGACUGAAGAUCACAGAACACAAAGCCCCUCAGAAAGUCAAUUUUCACAAUAAAAAAAAAAAGAAAAGAAUUUAAGUUAGAUUCUUUCUAUGUCAGCAUAAAGACAGUUUUUAUCUACUGUCCAAUACCUGAUACACCUAAUAACAGUAGGUCUGCAGGUGAGUGCAAAUAACCCUAAAGAUGUCACUUUGACACCUAUUUUUUUAUAAACUUAACCACAAAUGUAAUUUUCAAAGGUGCAUUCAUGAAAUGUAAAGGUGACCCCUGUUUUCAGUGCAUUGCUGGCUUGUGUCAGGCAUUAGCAGGCAUAAAUUAAGUUUGUUUUAAAUUUUUAGGAACAAGCGGCUAAACUGGAAGGAAGUUUCUGUCGUGGUAAAAAGGAUUUUAAUAUAAUCUCAAUCUGAUGCGAAAGCGUUUAUGCAGUGAUGUCAGCAAAAUAAAUGAAAAAAUCUGAAAAUGAGAAAAGAUGUUAAAACCGGUUAAAACUGUGAUGGAAAAGAGACAUUUGUGGGGGGUUCUCUUCAUUAACUUAGACUUUAAAUUAUUACUUUUACUCUACAUUUGCCAAAUAAGUCAUUUCAAAUUCAGCGUUUAUUUUGAAACGUUUUAUUCCGAUUUGAAACCCUUUGGCUGUUGUGUUUUGUAGUAAAAGUCUAAUUGUUUUACUGGACCCAGAGGAGGUUUGAAAAAAAGCUCAUCAGCCUAUACUGCAGCUUAAUUCUCUCUCAAAUUCUAAAUCAGAACAUAAAACCAAAGUAUUUUGGAAAAUUAUACUUUUACUUCCAGUUUUUUUUUUAAAUUUGUGUUUUCUUUCGAUGUGACUAAAACUUCUCAUAUUUCAUUUUCUAGAUGCUUAGUCACAUGCAGGGAUUUAACCCGCACCGGUACUGUGGGUUUUUUGGGUUGUCCUGGUUCAUUGAAGGUUGUAGAGAUGAGCGGCUGCAUCUUACAGGGAGCACAGGUGUGUCUUACUAUUCCCCUUCAAGCUCCUCAAGGGACUUCACUGAAAAAGGAACAUAGGAUUGUUGUGUGUGCGGUUAGUGCAUCAUGUCGUAUUUGUCGUUGAUACGGUGCGAGUGCUGGCUCCUGACUGACUGCGCCAAAAUGCCGGAAGACUGGGGUGUGCAGGUCAUAUGUCGGUUGCCAUUGGUCGCCCAUAGGGUGUACUACACGCUGAUUAAUUUUCUAUUUUCUAACCGCCAGGCUGCAAGCACGGAUCACACAUGUAUUACUUAAGCAGCACUAACAGGCCCUUGUGCAGUGCACAGGUUUCAAGGGGGUUGAAAAUAGGAAAAUUCCGUACUACGUGCCUGCGUCUUGCCUACUUCACCUUUGCGUGUUGUAAAGGGGCUCGGUAGGACCUGUUGCCUGCAGCAUGGCCGUUGAAAAAGACAUGCAUGAAUAUCAUGGCUCACCAAGCGGUCUACAACCUUAUAAUGUUGCGUGGGCCACCCGCAUGCCGGUGUCCACCCAUAGGGGAAGUUGUGACUACGAUAUAAGUCAGAUUUUGUGCUGUGAUCCAGUUUUUUAUUUUUAUUUUUUUAUCUCAUUUAAAUUCUGCUUUCUCCCAUGUCCAGCAACUUAAGAGAUUUAGCAGUACUUAUUUUAUUUUGUUUUGUAGACAUGAAGAGUGAAAAGCUUUGCUUUCCAUUUCUAAAUUCAAAUCAUUUGGAUAUACAGUAGGUCAGUGAACCUAGCACAGGUUAUGCCUGAAGAGACCAUAGGUAGCGAAUGACCAAACCUCCAUGUGGCUCCUAGGCGGUGAAGAACUACCUCAGCAUAGUUCAUCUAGUUUAGGUCUGUUUUCAAGCUACUUUUUAGGCGAUUGGGUGUUGUGCGGUUUAUGCACAUGCUCAUACAAAACACAUUUUCACUGUAAACUUGGAGGGUUAACUGAAAAAAAAAGAAUAAAUGUACAAGUUUAUGAUUAUAAUUUCCUCCCUGUCGCCAGGUCCAAUCUAAAUAAUGCUCUUGUUCCUUUUUUAUUUUUCUCUCUCUCUCUCUUUUCCAUUGUAACCUUGAGUCUUUUUCAAAUGAUGUCACGGCAGAUUGAUCGCCAAGCCAGGCUGACUCAAAUCUGAAGGUCGCCUGUCAACCAAUGCUGCUCUCUGGGAUCAAUCCACCCACAGAUGAAUCACACGGAGCGACCACGCAACAUGAAAGUGCGGGUGAUGAAUGUCGGUCCUACCUGUUCGCUUUACUGGGACGAGAGCAAAUGAAACAUUGCUUUGAAGAUCAGUGCCUGGAUGUUUUUGUCAUGUAUUUUUUGAUUAAAAAACACAGUUGGUUUCUUUAAAAACAAAUGAGGCUGCAGCUGAAAGAAACAUUAAUGGAAAAUUGAUUUUUAUGUGUUAAUGCAAAUGCGUGUGUGAGAGUGUGUAUUUGUUUACCUUUGUGCGACUUCUACACAUUUAUGGCUGCAUUCGGAGCUAAAGAAAGAGGUUCAUCGUUCAUGGGAGUUGAACGUUUCUGGGAUGUUCUCAUAGUUUUGUCAAGCAAGUCCAAUAUUUUCUUUUUUUAGUGUCUCAUUUGAGUUUUUCUGCUCACGUUUGUACCAGCAGUGCUCAGCAUUCAGCAAGGCAGAGAGGAUAAAAUCAGAAUAUUCUCUUGUUAUCGUUAACAUCAUUAUUAUUGACAUGUGGGGUUACUGUAUGAGGGAGAGCUCCCUCUAAUGUUCAAUAUAUAGACAAUUUUUAAAUAAAAUUAAAUGCAAAAAAAGAGGUAAUUUAACCACAA